ACCCGGCUGGCGCUAUUGAGCCUGGGAACUGGAACAAGCUUGCACGCGUUAUGACAGUUUGACAGGGGACACGCCUGUAACGUUAGUCUACAAUAUAUUUCAGCAAUAGAGGAAACGCAAAUUAAAUAGCCUACAUUUAUCAGUAAAUACAUUUAUCUAAAUUGUAAAGCAACUGGAAGACAAUUAUACACCACUAAAAAUCUACUAAGACGUCGAUAGCCUACCAAGUGACUAUUCUUCAUGUUAAGUCACUUUUCCCUAACCAAGGAGAAAAUAACCUUUCAGACCUUUCAUCCUCUCUUGCUUUUUUUGGAACGUUGGGAAAUUUGCAUGUCACCUAGCUGACAAAGUUAGUGUGUUGUUCAUUUUAAUCACAGGUUACAAAGUUUGCCAUCAAUAAAAAGUUACUUUAGAGUUUACGUGAGUUCGGACAAAAUGUUCAGCUGGGCCAGCAAGAACGGGAGGAAAAAAGACCCUGAAUUAUUUCAGACAGUUUCGGACGGACUUCGCCGAUUGUACCGAACCAAACUUUUUCCUUUGGAAGAAGCAUACCGCUAUCAUGAUUUUCACUCACCAGCUUUAGAGGACGCUGACUUUGACAACAAACCAAUGGUCCUUUUAGUUGGCCAAUACUCAACCGGGAAGACCACCUUUAUUCGGCAUCUGAUGGAGCAGGACUUUCCCGGUAUGCGAAUAGGUCCCGAACCUACAACCGACUCUUUCAUAGCCGUCAUGCAUGGUGACCAGGAUGGGCUGAUACCAGGCAACGCUCUAGUAGUUGAUCCUAAGAAACCAUUCCGAAAACUCAACGCUUUUGGCAACGCAUUCCUCAACAGGUUCAUCUGCGCUCAGAUGCCCAAUCCGGUACUGGAGAGCAUCAGCAUCAUCGACACUCCAGGAAUCCUGUCAGGCGAGAAGCAGAGGAUCAGCAGAGGCUAUGACUUUGCAGCGGUUCUGGAGUGGUUCGCGGAGAGGGUGGACCGCAUCGUUCUGCUCUUCGACGCCCACAAGCUGGACAUCUCGGAUGAGUUCUCGGAGGUCAUCCGGGCCCUGAAGAACCACGAGGACAAGAUGCGCGUGGUGCUGAACAAGGCCGACCAGAUCGGCACCCAGCAGCUGAUGAGGGUGUACGGCGCCCUCAUGUGGUCGUUGGGCAAGAUCGUCAACACGCCCGAGGUGGUGCGGGUCUACAUUGGCUCCUUCUGGGCCCAGCCGCUCUUAGUGCCGGACAAUCGCAAGCUGUUUGAGGCUGAGGAGCAGGACCUGUUCCGGGACAUCCAGAGCCUGCCCCGAAACGCUGCCCUGCGUAAGCUGAACGACCUUAUCAAGCGCGCUCGCCUUGCCAAGGUCCAGGCCUAUAUCAUCAGUUCCUUGAAGAGGGAAAUGCCCAACAUGUUUGGAAAGGAAAACAAAAAGAAGGAGCUGAUUGCCAACCUUGGAGAGAUCUACCUGAGGAUUGAGAAAGAGCACCAGAUAUCACCAGGGGACUUUCCCAAACUCAGUAAGAUGCAGGAGAUCCUGGCCGGCCAGGACUUUACUAAGUUUCAGUCCAUCAAGCCCAAGCUGCUGGAAGCUGUUGAGGAUAUGCUGGCCAACGACAUCGCCAAGCUAAUGACUCUAGUGCGACAGGAAGAGGCUUCCAUGCCCAGCCAGUCCGUUCAGGGUGGUGCCUUUGAGGGCUCCAUGAAUGGACCCUUUGGCCACGGCUACGGAGAAGGUGCUGGCGAGGGCAUCGACGAGCUGGAGUGGAUAGUAGCACGUGACAAGCCCACCUACGACGAGAUCUUUUAUACCCUCUCGCCCGUCAACGGUAAGGUGUCAGGCGCCAUGGCCAAAAAGGAGAUGGUGAAGUCCAAACUACCCAACACUGUCCUAGGAAAGAUCUGGAAGCUGGCCGACGUGGAUGGGGACGGCUUCCUCGAUGAUGACGAGUUUGCCCUGGCCAAUCACUUGAUUAAGGUGAAGCUGGAGGGUCACGAGCUCCCAGCUGAUCUACCCGAACACCUGGUACCCCCAACAAAACGACAGCAGGAGUGAGGACCUGCAGGAGUCUGGGUUUAUGAGGGUGGUUUAGGCUCAUCCAUUAGCAAAAUGCCAAUACAAGGUGGGGUGCAGAGAUUGGUGUUUAGAAUUCAAAUCAAUAUAUUAUAGAAAAUAAAAGUUGAUGACACAAAAUAUACAUAGUCAUUUUUAGAAAAAUAAACUAAUUUAUUCCUCACCCAAAUUGUUAGUCUGCAGUUUUUUUUUUUUACUUUUUCAUGCACUUUUACUAAUUCUGACCCUUCAGCACCAUUUAUUUUAAGCUCACAGUAAUACUUUACUCCAUUUUUAUUAUCCACUCCUUAAUAGUGACAAUGUCUGCUCCUGGGGUCUCAUUCGUAUGGGGCAUUUGGGUUUAUAUGACUAGAGGGAAGAUCGCACCUUACUGACCAAGACCUUCUUGUGGUCUGCCAUCUAAGUACUAAACAAGCCCAUACCUGCUUAGUUUCUGCCAUUUGGCAGAAGCAGGGUGCAUGAUGGUAUGGCUACUUUGUAUCCUAUUGUAGUUUUGAGUAGAACCCUGUCUUCCUGUCUUCCUCUGCUUUUCCACUGUAAAUUGCACCUCACUACACUGGCAGUGGUUUAUCAGAAUCACAUGCUUUCCAAGGUUCAUUUUCUGAGGAAGAGACUACGCCUAUCAAAGUGAUUCCACUGUAACACUUAAAAUAAGCUAAUAUCUCUGAGGGGCUAGUUAGAACAGAGAAGUUGCGUCUUUUCAAAGCGAUUAUCCUUGUUUAACUCAUGCAUACACAUCAGGCUGUUUUUGUUUAGAAUGAUAAUUGAUUUUGUCCAUAAUUGGUCCAUUUCUAUCGAUACAUUGCAUUCCUGAAUGAGAAAUAAGUUGAUGUCUAACACUUUUGAUCUACAAAUUCCUUUAAAUUUGUAUGCUUAUUUUUUUCAGCACGAAUAGACAUUUACUUAUGUGAGAGCCCUCUGUAGGUGGUAAAACAGAAAACAGCUGAAGGUAUUAAUUCAUAUUUAGAACACUGAAAUCUGAUCUGAGCAUAGCGUUCAUUCAAAAUGGCUAUGCUUGUACUGACUCCAUGUACAUUAUUCAGUAGCUGGUUCUCAACUGGCUAGUUCUUAAAUCUAUUGUUCAUGUUAUCUAUGAAAAACCAGUUCAUGCUCUCAUUCCAUGUUUUAUAAUGUUAAUUUUCGAGUCAACUAUAUGAACUAAUAUGUCUGUUUGUUCAAGAAAGAUACAAACAAACUAGUUGAGCCAAAUUAGAGGACUUUUGGACUGGGGUUAUAUUCAGAUAUUCAAUUGUGGCUAUUGUUAGCACAGACAUGUAAUAUAUUAAAGCAGACUCCCAAUAUAUUGUUCUUUAGCUAGUAUUUAUACACUGACACACUAUAAAUGUGUACAUUGUGUAUGUCUUUCUAAAUAAAAUUCACUCAAAAAAUA